CCGCUCUGGGCAAGCUGCUUCUCGGACCACGCUCAGGCAUUUGCACGAGCGCUCACUGUUGAGUCGCUGACGACUCUUGUCGACCACGCGCGCCUACAGUACCAUCGGACUGAGUCGGAAAAAUCACCUUUCCUAUACCGUUCGACGCUAUGAGCAGUACGUGAACGACUAGUGUUGGCAAGUUGUGCACGCAUCUAUUCUGGUGACCACUCAUCGAGAGACCGCUCUGCGAUCAGCACAAUAUGGCGCCAAUGCCUUCGAUCGGGGAGCUGUCGCAUUUGUUGAACACUUUAGCCACAUCUCUUCAACUCGAAACGUCGGCUAGUCAACUAGAUGGCCUCCCGCGAGAUCUCGAGGAUUCAAUCCGGUACGAGACUGCGCGGCAUGUCCAAGCCGCGGGAAUUCUCCUCCACCUACCACAGGAGAUCAUUGCCCAGAGUCUCGUCAUACUGCAGAGAUAUUGGACAGGCCCCGAUGGCGGCAGCAUGCUUCUCUACGACUCGAAGCUCGUUGGAGCCGCAGCCCUUUACCUCACUGCCAAACCAUCAGCCCAUCCUGUCAGCGCGCGACAGGUGCUCUUGACUUUUCAGUAUCUGUCAAAACUAAGCCCUGAUCAGAUAGCCUCUGCAGAGGAGCAAAGGCGGCGCGCAGAGUCGUGCAACUACAUCGAAGGGCUGUACGAAGCUGAGAGGCAAUUCCUCUAUGAGAUUGAAGCAAACAUGCUCCGAAUCCUUGGCUUUCAGACUCAUGUGGCGCUGCCACAUACGUUGUGCAUCAACUACCUGCAGACGAUGGACGUCUUCCAGUCAGGAGCAGGCAAAAAAGUGGCCAGAGUCGCCUUCAAGCACCUGAAUAGUGCACUGCUGAGUCCACAGCUGCUUUACCUUACGCAUCAGCCGUCUGCCCUCGCAACAGCAGCGAUCUACUUGGCCGCCCGCGAAACUAAUGUGAAGCUUCCAGAAGUUGAAUGGUGGGAGAUCUUUGAUGUGGAUCGCGAGGAGCUUGGCUUUCUCGUUGUUGCGCUGAGAAGUAUCGAAGGGUUUGCGCUUGCAGAAAAGCAGAGAUGGAGCGGCCGCCGCGUGCCUUUGGACUCGGACGAACUCAGAGCAGAGAUCGAGAGACGGAGGACCUUCGAGGCUGGAGAGUGA